AACGGUGUCCACCACAAGGGGGAAACACAAACCACAACAAACCCGAGCAUUCGGAGAAGCAGCUUCUAGAAUAUCGAAACCCUAGCUUGACGGAGAAGACGACGAGGACGCUUGUGUUGCAAGAGAAAAAGAAGACGAGUGAUCGGAGAUGGCGGAGCACUUGGCGUCGAUAUUCGGCACGGAGAAGGACCGCGUGAACUGCCCGUUCUACUUCAAGAUCGGCGCGUGCCGUCAUGGCGAUAGGUGCUCGCGGCUACACACGAAGCCGAGCAUCAGCCCGACGCUCCUCCUCUCGAACAUGUACCAGCGACCCGACAUGAUCACCCCUGGCGUCGGCGCCCAGGGCAAUCCCAUCGAUCCACGCAAAAUCCAGCAGCAUUUCGAGGACUUCUAUGAGGAUCUUUUCGAGGAGUUGAGCAAAUACGGUGAGAUCGAGAGUCUGAAUAUUUGCGACAAUCUUGCUGACCACAUGGUCGGUAAUGUGUAUGUGCAGUUUAGAGAAGAAGAACACGCUGCAAAUGCGCUUCGGAAUCUGCAAGGGAGAUUCUAUGCGGGUCGUCCAAUAAUUGUCGAUUUCUCACCAGUCACCGACUUCCGUGAAGCUACUUGUCGGCAGUACGAGGAGAACACUUGCAACCGUGGUGGAUAUUGCAACUUUAUGCACCUUAAAGCCAUCAGCAGGGAAUUGAGGUGGCAGUUAUAUGGGAGAUACAAGAAAAGGUACAGCCGUAGCAGAAGCAGAAGCAGGAGUCCUUACAGGCAUCGAAGCUAUGAAGAGCGCUCGCAUGGAAGACAUAGUCGAAGCAGAAGGUAUGAUGAUGAUGAUAGGGAUGAUCACCGUGAGAGCCGGAGAAGGAGGCAUAGGAGUAAUAGUCCUCAUCACAGGAGAGGAAGGAGCAGGAGUCCCGAUGGGAGGAGGAGACAGAGGAGUAGUCCUGUUAGGGAAGGGAGUGAGGAAAGACGCGCCAAGAUUGAGCAAUGGAACCGGGAGAGAGAAGAACAGGAAAUAGCAACUAAGACUGCAGAAGAAACCGGUAACAUUGUUAAUGAGAACUGUGGCAAUGGGUACAUGCAGGAUGGUAAUCAAUAUGAUGGCUAUCAACAGAAACCACCCCCUCAACAGGAGGGCUAUUGAUACUAUUAUCUCUGGUAAGUGAUACUUCUUUCCCCCAUAAAUUCAUUCCUUGUUCCUUAAUCCUCUUGAGAGGUAAAGAUUUAAGCUAGGUGAAAAAUAGGGGUGGGCAUUUCUGUUUUCGGUUUGUGUGUGUACAGGUUCUGUUUUCCGGUUUUUCUAAACUAUAUCCAUUCGGUUUUUAUGUUGGGUUUUGGUUUUUAUUGAUAAAAAUUGUUUAUUCUCCAAAAGAAAUUUUCAAUUUUUUCGGUUAUUUUAUAUCUGGUUCUGGUCCGGGUUAAGUUUAUAAAAUCCAUACCGUUUGGUUAUGGGUAUGUGUUAUUCGGUCUGGAUCUGUAUAUCAAACUGAAACGCCCCUCCCCUGGUGAAGAUGAUUCAAUAAAUGUAGCUUACAGCCCACUUUCUGCUGUGCAGGUCUGUGCAGGUUCAAAAUUCUGUCAUGGAUACUUAAAAAUAGUUUGCAUCUUUAUUUUUUGGGUUGAUUAUUCGAUGACAUCUUGCAUUCCGUCAUGCGUGAUCAUAUGCUCCCACACGUCUUGUUCUCUUUGGUCAGCCAAUUCGUGAAACCAUGUUCGUUUUCUUUAGUUAGACGAUGGCAUCCCGUAGGGUAGCAAGUUUUGAAAGCCUGAUUCUGGGAAUGUUACAACAUUCCGCUUGCGUAUAUUUUGUAUGUGUAGUAUUUUUGUUGUUAGUCAGGGCAAUGUGACAACUGCACGCAAUGGAUAAAAGCAGAAAUUGACCCAAAAAACAGCAUUUGCCUCUCUGUUGGUUUCAUCAUCUAUCCCGGAAGGCGGAAACCUUUUUGUUUUGUUUUGUUUUUUUUUUAAAUUUCGCUGCUUUUGGGUUUGAAGAAAUUGAAUGCUCUAAUGUGGGUGUGACAAAGGUUUUUAAGUUUUGCAGGUCCAGGUUUCGCCUGCUGUAGCUAGGGGCUGAGGCCGAAAGUGUUCACUUCUUAAUCACAGGUUUAUCCGUUUUUGGAAUUUUGUUUACAGGUUCCCUAUGUAAGGCCCCCCGGAGCAUAAUCCGUUUUGGAGACAUUGUUAGGUCUUUCCGGACUAUAUAUGAUCAUCACAGGGAUUGCCGUCUUUCUUUCGAAACUGUGCCUGUUAGUGUCCUUUCUUCGUAUUUGUACUCCUUACUGUUUGGAUCAAUACGCCUGUUUGUCUGAUUUGUCAUUUGUGUUAGAACCUGACCCGGACCUUCUUUUGUCGUUUUUUAUGAAAGUUUCCGAGUAAUUUGGUGAAUC